AUAAUUUAUUUCCUGAUAUAAACAAUUGCGUGGGAUUGCAAUCCUUACAAAUCCUUUCUGGAAAGGGCAGAAAUCGAGAGAAAUGGAAAAUGGGGCAAAGGGGAAGGUGUGUGUAACAGGAGGCACUGGAUUUAUAGCGUCAUGGCUGAUCAAGAGCCUUCUCGAGAAGGGCUACUCUGUAACCACCACUGUUAGAGCCGACCCAGAGAUGAGAAAGGACUAUGGAUUCUUGACAAAUCUACCCGGAGCAUCAGAAAAACUCCAAAUAUACCAUGCUGAUCUCGACGAACCGAAUAGUUUUGCUCCUGCCAUUGCAGGUUGCAUUGGAGUCUUUCAUCUUGCUACCCCAAUUGAUGCGAGUGACAAAGAAGGUGUGGAAGUGUUGACUAGAAGAACGAUUGAAGGAACACUGGGCAUCCUUAAAGUUUGUCUAGAUUCAAAAAUGGUAAGGCGAGUUGUAUACACUUCCGCUGCAGCCACCAUGCAGUUUAAUCACCACACAGUAGACAUUUUGGAUGAAAGUUGUUGGAGUGACAUUGAUUACAUCAAUAAUAUUGCACCAUUUGGAAGAUCAUACCCGAUUUCUAAGACAUUAACUGAGCAAGCAGUUCUUGAGUUCUCUCAACAAUACGGAUUGGAAGUUGUCACUGUCCUUCCAACUUAUGUUGUUGGUCCCUUCAUUUGUCCUAGACUUCCUGACUCUAUUCGUGUGACAACGUCUCUGAUGUCAGGUAAUAAAGCAGAUUAUGGAUUGAUCUUAAAAUCAAACAUGGUGCAUGUAGAUGAUGUGGCAAGAGCACACAUUUUUCUCUUUGAACAUCCAAAUGCAAAUGGGCGAUAUGUUUGCUCUUCCCACAUAAUCACAUUGGACGAAUUGGUUAAUCUCUUUUCUGCCAAGUACCCAGAAUUUCAGAUACCAUCUUCUGAGUCUUUGAAAGAUGUCAAAGGCUACAUAUUCAGUGAUGUCUCUUCAAAGAAGCUUUUGGAUGCUGGUUUUCAAUACAAAUAUGGUAUUGAAGAAAUGUUUGAUGGAGCAAUCCAAAGCUGCAAAGAGAAGGGUUAUCUCUAUGAAACAAAGAAGUAGUAAGCAUGGAAACAGAUUUAAUAAAAGCUCCUCCUGAUUGCAAAAGGAGGCCAAGAAGUUUGAUGUGGACUAUUGUACAAAAUGGUAGGAGCAGCCAAUUCGGAGGAUUCAAAACCUUGGAAGUCCAGUUUCUCGUAACCUCGAAAAUUGGGUUGUGAUAUUUUCAUCUUGCUACUGCAAUUGAUCUGGAUGACAAAGAAGCCGUGAAAGUGUCGACGAGAAGAACAAUUGAAGGAACAUUGGGCAUCCUUAAAGUUUGUCUAGAUUAAAAAACGGUCAGACGAGUUGUAUACGCUUGUAGACUUGCAUCGUAUCCCUUGACAUUUAUUACAUGAAGGGUAUUGUACCAUUGGGAAGAUUAUACCUGAUUUCCAAGACAUUAACUCAGCAAGCAGUUAUUGAGUUCUCUCAGCAAUAUGGAUGGGAAGUUGUCCUAAGCUUCCUGACUCUGUUCAUAUGACGAUGCUCCUGAUGUAAGGUAUUUCUUUUCAUGUUUAAAGUAUCUUAUGCUUGUAGACUUGGAAUUCUUUAUUUUUCUUGAAACUUUUGGCUAGAGAAAUAGUUUACUUGAUCUUUUUUAAAUUAUAAGUUGUUUUCGAACUUCUUUU